UAUCUAAAUAAAUAUAAAUAAAGUAAAUAAAAAUAAAGAAAUUAAAAAUUAUUUUAAGAAAACAAAAAUAUUAUUACUAUAAUGUGUUUACAUUAAAAUUCAUUGAAUACGGGUAUAGUUGCGCGGUCGCUACCCCCAUACCACCCCGCCCCCUCCCCCUGCCCCAUCCCACUCAUGACUCCUUUGCAACUAUUUUAAUUCUGAAACUAGAAUUUUAAAUUGUGAUGUGUUUUGCAUAUUAUGUGAAAAAUUACAAAACUUAUUUUGAAAAAAUUUAAAAUAUUAAAAAAAAAAAUUUUUUAAUAAAUAAAAUUAUUAAAAUACAAAGCAUAAAAUUUCCUAUAUAUACGCUACCUGAUACUCGUAAUCCUAUGCACAAAAUCAUUAAAAAAAAAUCAUGGAAAGAAAAACAAACUUAGAAAAAAAAUAGGAAAUAAAUUACAAAAACAAAAAAAUAGCAAAAAGCAAUGAAGACUUUUUUAUAUUUAAGUUCAACAUCCUUUUUUGACAAUUCAAAACCUUUUCUUAGGCAAGCACAAAAUUAUUUAACUUUGGGUAGGUGCAAACAAAAAAAUAUAUACGAAUAUCAUAUAUGAAUUUUAAAAUCCUAAAAGGACGCAUGUUCCAAAAACGAAAAAACAAAAUAAGAAACUGUAAAAAAAUCGAUUCAUUUUAAUAUACAAAAAAAAAAAAAACCAAAAAAAAAAAGCUUUUAUAUUUCCAUUUUAUUUCAUUUUCGAUCGGAACAUUCAAAGGAUAACAUUUACGUAUUAAACGCGAGCAAAUACACAUGUAUGUGUAUAUGUACAGUUAGGAGAAAAAAAUAAAAUAAAAAAAUUCCGAUUUUGUAUAUCCUGUGUAUCCUUUUUUUUUUAUGUUCUUUACACGUUCUUUUUUUUUUUUUUUGCUUUUUUUUACAUAAGAAAAUAAAGUAUGAACUCGUUAUGGAAUUUUCUCUUUUUUGAUAUUAUAAUUGAAAAAUUAAAAUAUUAAAAUUGAAUUAAAUAAAUGAUAAUAAUAAAAAAAAAAUCAAUAAUAGCGAAAUUUUAGAAAUAAAAACUAGAAAUAUAAUAUAUAUAAAUAUAUAUAUGAUGUAUGAGAAUGUGUAUAUAAUAAUAAAAUAAAAUAAAAUAAAAAAAAAAAGUGAAAGCAAUUAAAAACAUCUGUAGUGAGAAUUGAGAAUUAAUAAAAAUUUUUCCUUUUUUGAAAAUAAAUGAAUUUAUAUUGUUAUACAAAAAUUUUUCAAUUAUUAUUUAAUAAAAUUAAAAAAAGGAACUAGCCCUUCUACUUUUUAUUUUAAUAAAAAAAAUAUUUAUAAUAAUAAGUAAAAAAUGUAUGGGAUUUAAAGAAAACAAAAAAAACAAAUCCAGUGUAUGUAAAUGAAGAAAAAAUAAUUUUAUUUUUUCGAGGAAUUGAGAAAUAGGCGAAUUAAUAAAAAAAAAAAGAAUUGACUGCAUAUUGUUAUAUGUAUAUACAACGCUACUAUAUAUACACAUUAUGUUUAUAUAAUUUACAUAAAAAAUAAAAAAAAAAGUUACAGCAAACAAUUACAACAAACAAAAGAAAAAUAUUUAAUCCUCUUAUUGUAUAACAAUAAAAUUUUGUAUUUUCAUUGAAUUUAUUCAUGUUUCUGUUUUUUUUUUCUUCAAUUAUUUUUGGUGUUUUCGAAUUUUAAAGUGUUAUAAAACAAAAUCACAUAUAUAUAAAAUAAUUCAACAUUUCAAAAUAAUUUUAAAUUUUAAUAUAUAUUUAAUAUAUAUAUAUAAUAUAAAAAUGGUAACAAUGACUUCAGAAGAUAAAUUAAAUUCAAUCGGUAAUAUUAUAACAACAGUACCAUCAACAACAAUAACAGCAGCAGCAACAACAACAAUAACAACAAUUUCAACAACAAUUAUAACACCGUCAACAAUUAAUAAUAAAACAAUUUCUACCUCAUCAUCGACAACGGUAUCAAAUCAACAGCAACAACAGCAUCAACAAUUACAAAAUUCUCAUAGUUCAAUAAAAAAUAAAAAUGAAGAUGCCCCAAAUAUUUUAGUUUAUAAAAAGAUGGAAUCUAUAAUUGAAAAAAUGCAAGCUGAAUCUAGCGGUGUACCGGUUCGUACUGUUAAAUCAUUUAUGAGUAAAGUACCAACUGUAUUUACUGGUGCUGAUUUAAUUUCAUGGAUAUUAAAACAUUUCGAUGUCGAAGAUGUUACGGAGGCUUUACAUUUUGCCCAUUUAAUUGCAUCACAUGGUUAUAUAUUUCCAAUUGAUGAUCAUGUUUUAACUGUAAAAAAUGAUGGUACAUUUUACAGAUUUCAAACUCCCUAUUUUUGGCCUUCAAAUUGUUGGGAACCAGAAAAUACUGAUUAUGCAGUAUAUUUAUGUAAGCGAACAAUGCAAAAUAAAACUAGACUUGAAUUAGCUGAUUAUGAAGCAGAAAAUUUAGCAAAAUUACAGAAAAUGUUUUCAAGAAAAUGGGAAUUUAUAUUUAUGCAAGCUGAAUCACAAAGUAAAGUUGCUAAAAAACGUGAUAAACUUGAAAGAAAAGUAUUAGAUUCACAGGAGCGAGCUUUUUGGGAUGUACAUAGACCGAUGCCAGGUUGUGUGAAUACAACAGAAAUUGAUAUUAAAAAAGCAUAUCGACGUGGUGGUUCUAGUCAUGGUACAGGUUCAGCAGGUGCUGCAUUAGCUAACAAUCCAGUUGAACAAAUUAAUCGAAUUAUAGCAUUAAGAAAACAUAAAUUAGAAAGACGGACAAUAAAAGUAUCAAAAGCAGCUGAAUCUUUGGUUUCGUAUUAUGAGCAAUAUUGUGAAUUUGAUUACUUUUUAACUUUGCCAGAAUUAGCAAAUCCAUGGCAAUCAGAUAAUGCUGAAAUGUGGGAUGCUGAAAAAAUUUCGAAAGAAGUUCCAUUACGAAGAGUUAAAAGAUGGGGAUUUAGUUUACGUGAAUUAAUUAAUGAUCCAAUUGGUCGUGAACAAUUUGCUAAAUUUUUAGAGAAAGAAUACAGUGGUGAAAAUUUAAAAUUUUGGGAAUCUGUACAAGAUAUGAAAAAAUUACCACAAUCAGAAAUUAAAGAAGCAAUCAAUAAAAUAUGGCAAGAAUUUUUAGCUCCAGAUGCUCCAUGUCCAGUUAAUGUUGAUUCAAAAUCAGUUGAAUUAGCACGUGAAGCAUUAAAUUCUCCAAAUGGUCCAAAUCGAUGGUGUUUUGAUGUAGCAGCAUCACAUGUCUAUCAUUUAAUGAAAAGUGAUUCUUAUUCAAGAUAUUUACGGUCGGAUAUGUAUAAAGAUUAUUUAAAUUGUUCUCGAAAGAAAAUUAAAUCAAUCCCAAAUUUGUUUGGUGUUAAACGUUAAAAUCAAAUAAUAAAUAUAUUAAUACAUAAAUAUAAUAUUUACUCAACAUAUAAGUUAUUAUAAUAAAUAAUGCGAUAUUAUAAUGUAAUGAAUAUUUGAAAAAAAUUUCUAUAUUAUAAUUAAGAUUUUAGAGUCAAAAAUUAAUAUAGGAAAAAAAUAAAAUAGAAAAAAAAAAUGGACAUGAACACAAGUCCAUAUAUGUAUAUGCGGUUAGAUUACUUAUGUAAAAUGAAUUGUUAAACGACUUGCAUAAUUUUUUAUUUUAUAUACAUGCAUAGGUACAAUAAUAUAUAUGUAUUUUAUUUCUUUGAUUUUUUGUUAUAGUUUUGUAUAAACCAAAUCUAAUUUUGUAGAAAAAUUUAUAUUUAUGUCUUCACAUGUUACUAAAUAGCACAAUUAAUUUUAAAAUUAUAUAAUGAAUUGUAUAGCAUAAUAACUAUAAAAAUUAAAGCUUUAAACAUUUUUUAUCUUGUACUUAAUUACAAAUUGAAUUCGAUAUAUUACAUAUUAGU